AUGUCUGCCGAUCUACUAGCAGAAUUUGGCCAGGGCUCUGUCCGAGCCAGUGGCUCUUCUGGCCAGCAGAACCAGAAAAGUGCAUUCUUUGAUGACCUGAAUCAAGAGAAUAUCGAUUUCUUUGGAGCGCCGGCAAGUGCUUCACAGCACAACAGAGCUGCGGGUCCAAUCCCGAAGACAGCUGGGAACCAUUCCGCUGCUCAAAACCCAUGGGAGUCCCAUUCUCAGCCGAAAUUUGACUUACCCCUACAUCAAAACAGUGAUGUACUGUUCGAUGCAGCAUUCGACACACCAGCAAGUGACGCGGAUGACGACUGGGGUGAAUUCGAGGGACCGGAAUCUACUUCCCAGCAGGCUCCCAGGCCCACGGCUCCAUCACAGCAGUCAUCAAUAGCUACAUUUCCCAAAUCACAACCUUCACAACCUCGACGAGAUGCAUUUGGGACCUCGGGGACGGUUAACUUGCUGGACUCUCUCUCAAUAAGCGACACGACACCAACGCUGAACCAGGAGACAAAGGUUCCCCCAAAUAAACAACAUUCCAAAUCUAAUAAUCAAAUCCAACCAACAUGGGAUGAUGACUCGUUCGGUGACUGGGGUGAGUUCGCCGACGUACCCGCUAGCAAACCUCAACCGAAGGUCUCCGAGAAAAAGGCAAAACCACCUAUCAAAUCUAGCAACCCGCCGGCAUCAAUCUGGGAUGAUAACGCCUUUGAUGAUUGGGGUGAUUUCACGGAUGGGCCCAGUGCACCACCGGUCCCCAAAUCCAAUCCGAUAUCGCCAACAGUCACCAGUCCAGCACCCCGAAGCUUCGUCUCUGGAAGCUCGGCAUCUUCGCCUAUCGUCCGCCCAACAAAUAUUCCACCGCCAUCUGUACUUCUCGAGUUAUUCUUAGAUGUGUUUGACCAUCUACAAAAGGAGGCCACACUGGUCAAAUCCCAACUACGAUCUUCGCCAUCAAACACAACCAACCUUUCCGCGACUGCGUCAAAUAUCCACAAUGCGCUUGAAUCAGCUGCCCGUGUGAUUGCAGGGCGAACUCUCCGCUGGAAACGAGACACCAUUCUCAGCCAGAGUAUGCGAAUCGGUCCUGCUCGUUCCGGCAAAGCAGGUGGCAUGAAACUCAACAGCGUGAAUAAACACGAGAACAUCAAAGAAGAACAAGAUGCCGUCAAUGUUCUUAGCCUUUGGCGCGAACGGGCGGCGGUCUUCAAUGCUGUUCUACAAGCCGCCGGUCAGCGGCCCAUUCCCGCGGUCCCGGACCCCAGUGCGCUCAAAGUUACUGUGGCUCGGUCGGACCAAGGAGCGUUGAAAGCUUCCCAUUCAUGUGCACUGUGCGCGCUCAAAAGAGACGAGCGGGUCUUACGGGUGGAUGAGUCGGAUGUACAAGAUAGUUUUGGCGAGUGGUGGACAGAACAUUGGGGUCACACGCACUGCCGACAGUUCUGGGAGACUAAUCAACAUCUCCUCAGGCAACGAUAA